AUGGUUUUGAAUGGUUGCCGGGAAUGCUAUGUUCGAGAAGGGCCCGACGGACGAGUCCAUGUUCGCGGCGAAACAGAGGUGCUAGAAGGCGGAAAAAUCAGAGUCCGUCCAGUCGUUGUUCGGGACUGCUGGAGUUUCGAGGAUUUGCGUCGUGAGCUGCAAGUUGGCCUUAAGCUCAGAGCAAUUGGGUUAUCCACCGUACAUGACCAAAGUUCCCGUACUCAUGCGGUUGUAGAGCUCGAGGUUGUGACCAAGUCGCUACUUGAUGCGCGCGAUGCCAUUAUUGAUCGAGAGUCUAAGUUCGUCCCGGUUGCUAAGCGCGCUACAGAUAUUUAUCUCGAGGAGGAUGCAAAUGCCUACAUCAAAACUCCCGAAGGGAAAUAUGUUCCUAAUCCAGAUCGUCCGCCAAAUCAGGAGCGCAUUGACGCUGCGGAAAAGGAAAAAGAAAGGUUCGAGUCGUACAUGAAACAGGCGGAAGCCCACGCAUGCGAUGCCACACCCUCAACAUUCGCGACCAAAAUGACGCCCCAGGAACGCCAGGAGGGUCGACAGAUAAACACCGACCUGCUUGCCUUGAAAGAGGUCAUCCGUGCGCGUGCUCUCAAUCAAGCCCGUAUCCCAUUUAGGUCCCUCCCCACUGACAAUGGUGCUCCGCGAGCACUUCUCGGCUUCCACGGACAGUCAGUCUGCAAUGAUUCUUACGGUUUCACCUUCCUUCGGGCAAUUUGCAGCAACCAUGAACACUCUAAAGUACGGGAACCUGGAGUGUGUACGUCGCUUUGCCCCACGAUUCCAAUAAGCUAUGCUGAGCAAUUUGACCGCGUUGAUCAAAGUGAACCGGCGGCUGUACCUCCUGUCCAGAUAGUCAGCGGCGUCUACUCGGCGGUUCUUUCCUGGGCGGAUAACGAAGGUACCUCCUACCUGAAGUUGCAAAAGGAAAGCGGCUUGCUGCCGGGUAGCUCCUGCUACGACGUCCAGUAUUCUACUUCUAGUAGAACCACUGAAGUGAGUGGUCUUGUAGGCGAUUUUGAGCCAGGAUCUUCUCUCUUCAGCUUCUCCCUCCCAAAGGACUCGAGAUCGAUCACGGCGCUCUUCUGA